AUGGAGUUAAAGGUGCUGGAACUCACUACAAUUUGGUGUUCUUCCUCUUUGGAUUCUUUGCACUUUACACCAUAUCUGAGGUGUUCUUCCUCUUUGGAUUCUUUGCACUUUACACCAUAUCUGAGCUUGCCAAAGAUAAUUGAGUUUCCUACAGAAGUUCAAGGACAAAAGGCAUAUGCCUACUUUUAUCCCCCAUUUAACCACUUGUAUAAAGCUACCCCUGGUGAAAAAACUCCACUAUUAUUGGAAAGCCAUGGAGGUCCUACAAGUGAAUCAUAUGGAACAUUGGAUUUGAGUAUUCAGUACUGGACAAGUCGAGGAUGGGCUUUUAUAGAUGUCAACUAUGGUGGAAGCACUGGUUAUGGCAGGGAGUAUCGAGAAAGACUCUUGGGCAACUGGGGCAUUGUUGAUGUCAAUGACUGUUGCGGUUGUGCACGAUUCCUGGUAACUAGCCGGAAGGCAGAUGGGGAACGACUUUGUACAACAGGGAGAUUAGCAAGGGGUUACACUACACUUGCUGCUCUUGCUUUCAGUCGAACAUUUAAGGCUGGUUCUUCAUUAUAUGGUGUUGUUGAUUUGUCCCUGUUGAAGGAAAGCAAGUUUGAGUCUCAUUAUCUUGACAAUCUUCUUGGUGGUGAAAAGAAUUUCUAUGAUAGAUCACCUAUCAACUUUGUUGAAAGAUUUUAUUUUCGUGUAAUUUUGUUAUAAGGUUAGAGGAUAAGUAACAGGAGAAUACAGACCAAG